UCGUCUGUGUUGUGACUUAGCUUGUCCCGUUUUCUCCGUUUCUUCUUCAACUUUUCCGUCACAUAAAACUGACAUACGUCGUUUUUAGGCAGCGUUUAUUGUUAUUUUAAAUUAAAAGUAAUUUGUCUUUUCCAACGGAAAUGACAAAUGGAAGGACAAACACAAACAGCAGCUGAGGUUGGUUUAACAACUGGAGGGGUCAUCAUGCCUGGACCAGCUCAGGCGGAGAGCGAACUUGAUCACCAGAAACGUUUUCAGGCUGCUGUGGAUGUUAUCCAUAACCUUCCCAAAAAUGGUUGCUACCGUCUCUCCUACGACGUGAUGCUGCGUUUCUACAGUCUGUACAAGCAGGCGGUGUGCGGACCCUGUACUGUGCCUCGACCUUCCUUCUGGGACCCAGUGGGCCGUUAUAAAUGGGACGCCUGGAGCUGCUUGGGGGAGAUGAGCAGUGAGAGUGCCAUGGCUGCCUAUGUGGAGGAGAUAAAGAAAGUAGCACAGGAGGUCAUCAAUACCAUGCCGAUGAAUGAGAAGACCGCCUCAUUGUUGCAGCACUUUGAGCCUCUCUACAUGGUGAUUGAUGAUAUGCCAAGACCUCCAAACUCAUUGCUCAAACUCAGAGAAGGUCUUAAAGCAAAGGAGUCGGUUGAUGUCCCAGCAGAAAUGAAGGAGAACAACAGUGAGGAGGCCACAGCAACACCUUCUUUUCCAGAGAGUCCAGAUCCAGAGCAGGAGUUCAGCUUUUCUGAGUUUGUAGACAUUAGUUCCUGCACAAUUCCUGUGGAUUCUGGGGUGUCUGAGGGUUUGGUGUUGACCAGCGAUUCUGAGAGUGAGAUCUUCUGUGACUCUGUAGAUUCAGUGGAACAACUUGGUAACAGCAAGAUAAAGUCUCUCAAGACCAGCAGCUUCCAGAAUGGACAUGUGUCCUUGGAAUCAACGCCGGUUCAAAGUCACGUCAGACAAACUGGGGCAGGUCAAGGUGGAGAAGGAGCAGAGGGUGGAAGGGAUCACGGACCCAUGAGGAGCCGAGAAAGUGGGCGAGAAGGAUCAUACCACAACGGGAGAGAGCGUGGUGCUGCUCAAGGCAGUGCAAGACGGCGCCCUCCUCUCGUUGGCAGUGGAGCUGGGCAAGGGGGAGGUGGUGGUUCAGAGGGUGGCCCUGAGAGGCUGUAUGAUGCCCAGCUGCAGCAGCAGAUCAUUGUAGCCCUACGGAGACUCCAAGAGGACAUGAGAAGUGUCAUGAAAAGGCUGGAUGUGGUGGAGAGGCUUGCUGGCGCACGUGCUCUGGGUCCAGAGUGGAGACCUUGUCUGCAGUGUGGAGCUUCACAGCCUCAGGAGAAGUGCUGGCCAUUUGAUGUGGGCGGUGGGACGGUCCUCCUCCUGCUCCUCUGGCCAUUUGUAGCUCAGGUGCUGGUGUAUCUGCUGAGGAAAGACCAAAGGAAAGGUCGCACAUCUUUAUGAAGCAGACCCCAUGGACAUUUGUGUUUGAAGGUGCAGUGACGCGUUCAGCCUGUAGGAGGCACCGUUCCUCACAGCACUGUGGGUUGUGGACAUUGAUAAAUAUGAGCAUCACUCCAGCAGAUGGACGUGCAGCACAUGCACAAUGUGCAGAACCCACCUCCACUAAUUAGAAGUUUGAAUACUUGAAUGGUUGUGCUUUUUUUUGUUGCAGAAAGACAUUUUUCAGAGACCAACAGUAAUUUGGAACUCACAAUCCUGUCUGUACAAGUUAAAGAAAGUGUUCAUAUUGUAAUUAUUGGAGGGAAAAUUAGAUUGUGAUAUAGUAAAUUAAUAAUCUUGUAAUGCUGCAGGCUGGUCCAGCUGUGGUCAGAUGGUUACCUGCACUCAUCAUGGGCAGCAACCCACCCACUGUUCCACCUACAUCAUCUUUUAUGAAAAACUACUUGUUUGCUUUGUUCGUGGUCUCUCAUAAGAUGGAGCCCCUGUGUUGACUACAUCUGUGAGAACCCAGUCCUCAUUUCACCGAGAUUUUGAAUAAAUUUAAUCUGAGAAAUAGAUUGAUAUUAUAGUUUGUAAGGGACUGUAUUACAAUGAGUGGUGCACAGUUCCACUAAUCCACUAAUUAUCGAAGCUAAUGUUUUCAUUAUCAGAUUAACUUCCCAGAUAACUUUGAAAACCAUC